AUGCAAAUGGAGGGGGAAAAUGAUAGAGAGUUGUUGGAAUAUGUAAGGAAACCCAAUACUCCACCACCGUUUUUGUUGAAGACCUAUAUGUUGGUCGAAGAUCCUUCCACCAAUGAUGUUGUGUCGUGGAAUGGUGAUGGGACAACGUUCGUGGUGUUGCAACCGGUGGAGUUUGCACGUGAUCUACUCCCAACUCUCUUCAAGCAUAGCAACUUCUCUAGCUUCGUUCGGCAGCUAAAUACCUAUGGCUUUCGUAAAGUUGCAACAAAUAGAUGGGAGUUUUGCAACGAACGAUUUAGGAAAGGUGAGAAGGACCUGCUAUGCGAGAUUCGGCGUAGAAAAGCUUGGGCCAGCAAGCAACAACAACCCACUAUUGCACCAAACCAAGCCACACCCCAACAAGAUUCUGAUGACGAUCACAGGUCCUCAUCAGCCUCUUCGUGUUCGGGUUAUGCCACUCUUGUAGACGAAAACAAGCGACUCAAGAAGCAGAAUAUGGUGUUGAACUCAGAGCUAAGAAUCAUGAAGAGGAAGUGUAGGGAACUGCUUGAUUUGGUGGUCGAGUAUACACAUGCAAAAGAAGACGUGGAAGAUGAGAGACCCAUGUUAUUUGGGGUGAGACUCCAUCAAGGAGAGAAAGAGUUGAAGAAGAAGAGAGCUGAAAUAUGUGAAAGCACAAGCACUUUGCUAUCCCAGUCAUAA